AUGAAGGCAGUGUAUUACCGACCGGGGAAAGGUAAGAUGUUGAGCACGCCCCCUAGCAGAGGGACGCCUAAGCUCCGACAACCAUUGAUCCCCCAUCAAAGGCCAAAUAGGCUGCCAACCGGCUUAUGCUCCAUUCAGGACCAUUCAGCGGAUCGGGGAAUCCUUAGGGUCCUUCAGGACUCACACAGGACCUUCCCUCCAAGGAUGUCUUUGUGGUUCUCCCUAAACCUCUCUCUGUAG